UACUUUCUGUACGAAUGGAUUACAAAGGCGUCGUUACUCGGGUGAUGCUUCGUUGCUCAAAAAAACAUGUACAGCACUAUUGUCAAUAUCUAAUGGGUAGACCAAAGCCUGGGGAGUUUCACAUUAAAAGGCUUACUAUUAAGUGAAAGUUUAAAUGCAUUGUCGCCCUCCAGGUCCUACGACGCGAAUUAGGAAAAUUAUUCCUUAAGUCAGGAGAUGUGCGAUUCCAAUUGAGUCUUAUGAGAGAAAAUAAACUCUAGAAUGUCCAGAAACAACCAGAAAUACCAUGAUGGAUGGACAUUUGGUGUUGAUCAGGAAAUGGCGUACAGGAAUUCCAGGAAUCGUGGCCUGUUUGGGCUUGGCUCCUCUCCCUGGGAGGCACAGAGUCAUGACACCGGGUCCCUCUCCAAACGGUUUUAUCCCGACUACAGAUCAGCUGAUCCCCGGCCGGACUACGAAGACAGGGAGCAAAAAAGAGAAAAAACGGUUUCUAAAAAGUCCUUCAGGAAGAUCUUUAAUCGCUUUGCCGACAGAACAGCUAUGCAGGGAGUUGGGUACAUCAAGUCUGCCAAACUCUGGUACUCAAGAGCAUUGUGGGCAUUUCUACUGCUGGUGGCAAUCGGCUGGAUGGUGUUUCAUCUUUUCUAUCUCAUAUCCCAGUUCCUGGAGCUUCCAAUUCAGACCAAAAUUUCUCUUGGCUUCAACAACCUACAAUUUCCCGCGGUGACCUUAUGCAAUAUGAAUGCUGUUAAAUGGUCACGCCUGCCUGACACGCCCCUGGAUUUGCAGGAGAUAGUUGCAAAAACCGAUCCUGAUCAGUUCAACCCGGGUGCUGAUGUACCUGGAAAGAGGAAGAAGCGAUUUGUAGAAGGAUUUGAUGAUUUCGAUUUUGACAACAUGUCGUACUAUGACGAUUAUUACUCGGAUUACUACUACGUCGACGACAUCUUUAGGGGUGCGGAGAGGGACAGUGUGUUUAAAAUAGAAAGUUCCUUCCGGAGUCUGUAUCUCUCCAUGCCAAGAGAUACAAGGAUCGACGUAGGACACCAGAUAGAGGACAUGCUGAUAUCCUGCUCAUACAACGGGUUCAAAUGCUAUGCAGAAAACUUUACCUUGGUGAAUACACCUGAAUAUGGUAACUGCUUCACGAUUCAGUCCAAAGGAUUUGUUGCCAAAAAGACUGGUCCAAAAUCAGGGUUGACUUUGAUACUUUACAUGGAGAAUGACGAGUAUCUGAAAGGACUCAGCCAGGGGUACGGCAUGCGCUUACAGAUCCACGAUCAGGACACAUUCCCCCUCCCUGACGAGGAGGGAAUAUUCGUUUCGUCUUCUUACGAAACACACGUAGGCUUGCGUUUGAAAGAUAUCACUAGAGUUUCACCGUCCUACAGGGAUUGCGAAAAUGGUCAAGAUUUCAAAAGACAACAUAAAGUGGAAUAUUCCAGAACAGUGUGUCGUAUAGUUUGCGAACAAUCUGUCAUGGUCAGAGAAUGUGGGUGUUAUUUCCAUGAAUACAAGGAGUUCUACCACUUUUCUAACAGCCCGUUCAAAAACAAGUGGUGCCGAACCCAGUCAGAAAUCUCCUGUAUAAAUAAAAUUCAAAGAGAAUUCAAAUCACAGAACAGAAAUUGUAAUUGCCCAAACCCCUGCAGAGAAAAAAAGUACUCGUUGUUUCCAAGCAGUCGACAGUGGCCCACAGAAAAAUACAGCAACACGCUUUUGACAGGGCUUUGUGAGCGAUUUCCUCUACAGUGUUUUACGUUAACCAGCAUAACAGAUCCACGCUUACUCAGCUUGAAUUUCCUGAAAGUAACGAUAUACUACGAGGACUUGAACUAUGAGAAAAUUGAAGAAGAGCCAGAAAUAGCGACGGCACAGUUUGCCUCAGACGUGGGCGGAGCCAUUGGUUUGUGGAUCGGUCUGUCCGUGUUGGCUAUCUUUGAAGUCGUCCAGUUUUUCUUGGAGCUGUGUAAAUAUGGUUUUCAUGUCUGUAAACAUAACAGCGAUGAAAGAUAAUCUAUCGCUCAGGAGUGGAAUUAAAAAUAUAAUUUAAAACAAAAUGGUGUUCGAAUUCUCUUUUUAGCCUGAUUUUUUUUUUAACAUAGUCAAAGUGGAAAACUGUGCAUAUGUAUCGAAAUUUUGUAAAUCUGUUUUCAUGUUUAUG